CACAUACAAACAACCAGGUCGUCGUUGUAAGCUCGCGGCUGCGCUUCCUAAACCCGCAUCUCCCUAAACUGCAUUUCGAGGCUCGUGCGCGCUUGGCUUGAUCGUGUCUGCACGCGCAGCAGCAGUAGACCCCCCGGAUUCGGCAGCCCAGUAGUGGACAUGGUGGGUUUCACUGUUCCCGCAGAAGUCAGCGUGUUCCUGUUAGAUAUCGAAGGCACAACGACUCCGAUCGCGUUUGUCAAGGACACCUUGUUUCCAUACAUCAAAGACAACAUCCAAGAUUACCUGCGGACACACUGGGAAGAAGAGGAGUGUCAACAAGAUGUCGGCCUUUUGAGAAAACAGGCUGAAGAAGAUUCGCACAUGGAUGGAGCCGUGCCCAUCCCGCUGGAAACCAGGGAUGGGGAAGCAGAGGUCGAACGCAUAAUCCAGGCCGUCGUAGACAACGUGCGUUGGCAGAUGUCUUUAGACAGAAAGACCACAGCCUUAAAACAGCUCCAGGGCCACAUAUGGAAAGCCGCGUAUGAAAAUGGCCGUGUGAAGGGAGAGUUCUUUGAGGAUGUAGUUCCCGCAGUGAGAAAGUGGAGAGAAGCAGGAAUGAAGGUUUAUAUUUAUUCUUCUGGGAGUGUAGAGGCACAAAAGCUCUUAUUCGGAAACUCCACAGAAGGUGAUAUUUCAGAGCUCUUUGACGGCCAUUUUGACACCAAAAUAGGCCCUAAAGUUGACAGCGAGAGUUACCAGCGGAUUGCCACCAGCAUUGGGUGUUCCACAAACAACAUCCUGUUCCUGACGGAUGUCACUCGAGAGGCAGAUGCUGCAGAAGAAGUUGACAUGCAUGUGGCUAUAGUUAUCCGGCCAGGCAACGCCGGACUGACAGACGACGAGAAAUCCUAUUACAGACUCAUCACAUCUUUCAACGAACUGUUCCUUCCAUCAUCCACUUAAGAGAAAAAACUUGCAUAAGAAAUUGAAAAGGAAAAAAAAAAAAGAUGGAACGCCACCUGACAAAAUCCUCCUUAUGAUUUAUGGUAGUUCUUGCUGGUGAUCAGAAUUUGGGCAGAGAAAGAAUUGGAUCCUUGACCUUCUGGUUGAAAGGCCGUUGAGCCCGGUGUGAUUGGUGCAUCUGCUGGUGUUGUGAGUGCAUUUCAAACUGAGCAGCCAUGAAAUCCCCCUGGGUUGUCGGCACCUUUACUUUGGAAUCGCACAAGAAAGAGCCAGAAGGCACAAUUCACUGGAGGGUUUUCCUGCGCACGGCCCUCUUGAAAUGAAUGGAAAAGUGCAAGAGCACAGCAACGCUCUUGCACUUCUGCCACUCAUCUCAAAAGUGCCUUGCGCUAGAGAAUCCUCCUUUGGUGAACUGUGAGGCAUGUUUACCUCAAGCACACAUUCCUUUAGCUUUAGUCUGUCCUGCAAAUAAAAAAGAAAAUGUCUUGAGUUUUUCUUUUUCUUUUUUUCUGUCCUCCAUUAGUUUUCUCAGUGAUACAUCGUAUUAUUUAUUGGAUAAGUCCUUUUGAAAGCAUUGCAAACUGCAGCGAGCUCACUGGCUCUCCUGCUCCAAACUGCUAACUGAAUUGCAGACCAAAGUUGUAAACACAUUUGAGGCCUUUCCAGGUGAGGAUAUUCCUGCACAGGGAUGGUGCUGUUGUUCCCCAUGUGUUGUGGGAGACCUGUAUGAUGUUUACAUAACAUGCACACCCAUCUGGGGGUGGCAGCAGGGGAGGAAUUUCAUUUCCCCUGCAUGGAGUUGCUGGGCAAAUGCAAUCCCAUCCCUGCAACUGUUGAGACAUUGACUGGAUUCACACAACGUAGCAACGCAUGCGCAAGAUUUAGUAUGGGUUGAAACAUGGGAUGUCUUUAAAACGUGGGUCAUCAUUGAAAAGUGGCUGAUGGUGUUGUUUGAGCCGAGCUGCAUGAACAAACCAUGAUUUGUUAACCACAGACGACCCACAAAUGAGGGUUUGUUGCUGGGUUGUGAACUGUGGGUUGUCCGUGGUUAACAAACCAUGGUUUGUUAGCAUAGUAAAACAACUCCCCCUGCUCUGCUCUGCGAACACCGACAGAGAUAAACUCACACAGAUAAUGACAUUCCACAGGCUGAAAGAGGCCCAGAUGGUUCCAGACUAAUUAAAAAACCACAAGGCCCUCUGCAGUGCUGAACCUGGGCCCUGGCAUCACAGCCUGAUACCUAGAAAUGGCAUUUUGACCGCUGAGGUCUAUGGGGACACCUGUCUGGGGCAGUGGGUGGGGGGCAGACUUGGUUCUCCAGUUGUGACACCUUCUCUGUGCUCUACAUAGGCGGAGUGGUGCAAAUAAGCUAGGACUGAACAAAAAAAAGGGAGUGAAUCUUGGCACCUGAAGGUGGUGCCCUUCUACCUGUACUUCCUGUGUGGCCUGUUUGCUAUUGGCACCAGCGACUUUCACAGAUAACAGUUCAGGAACAAAGUGUGGCCUGGCAGCAGAGGUGAUGGCGGCAGUGGCAGCCAUGUUGCUUAAGGCAUGAAAUUGGUGUUAAUGCUGUUUUUAUGACUUAAAAAGCAUUGCCUCAUGACUGCAUUUGGUAGUUGAAGCCCUGAGGCCUUGCAUGCUGCCAGUUUGCCAUUCUAGAACUAAACUAACCAGAGCUCCAGGUAUGGGGUGGAAGGACGGAAUAGAUAUGCCAUAUCAUAGAUUGUUCGUAGAGUAAAUGUGCCAUAUCAUAGAGUUGGAAGGGUUCUCAUUGCCCAACUUUCCUGCUCAAUCCAGAACUCGAACAUCUUCAACAGAUGCCUGUCUAGUCUCUGCUUGUAGAGUUUCAGGGAGAGCCCAUGCUCUCUCUCUCUCUCUCUCU